UUCUCUUUUCCUCUCUGGGUGCUCUCUCUCUUUUUUUCUCUUUUCCUGCUCGGGGUGACACCCCCCACCCCUACCCUUUUCCUCUCCGGGUCCCCUCCCCGUCCCUGUACUGUAACUUGCAAGCAUGAUAUGGUCUGGCAGAGGAUGUGAGUACGGGUAAGUUGUCGGGUAAGUCCCUGGUGCCUCACGGCGGACAGACUGCCCUAGACGAGCCCCCACACACUCGCGCACAGACAGAGAGAAGAGAUGGGGUGUGGUGGUAAGAGAAAGGCUGGUUCGAACCGCGCCUCUUCGUGCACGGUGGUUGGUAGGUUAGCGUAAGUCUCUUGUGGUUUUGUGUGUUUUUGGACACAUGAUGCAGUUGUUUCCUCCCCUCCUCCCUCCUCCCUCCUCCUCCCCCCCCCCUCCACCUGUGUUGUGCACACCCACACGCACGUCGCUGGCCUGGUAGACUGACCAUUGUCCGAGUGGCUACGGUCAGCCUCCACCAGUACACAGCAGACAUCACCACAACCACCACCACAACCACUACCACUUCCUCCACUCUAGCCACCUACACUUGACCAUAAGGUAGCUCUCAAGCAGCGGGAUGGGUAGGUAUACAAGUGGAUAGGUGGGUAGGUAUGACAGAAGAACCCGCACACAACAGACCACGGGAAACACAGACAAACCAAAAACCAAAAGAAAAAACCCCGUUUGGAACGUACGUAGCCAGUGAGUCCUCCCUUAACCCAUCUGAUGUAAGAGUUUGUGUGUGCAGGCAGUGAAGUCUGUCUGUGUGUUCAUUCAAUGUGUCUGUGUGUACAUUCAAUGUGUCUGUCUGUGUGUACAUACAUUGUGUGUUUAUCUGUGUGUACAGGCAGUGUGUCAGUCUUUAACCACGUUUCUCUUUCAGGUGGACCCCUCCCUCCCCCUUCCCACGUGUUGAUGAUUGGGUUUUUCCCCCGUUCGUCCACUCCUCCUCCAGUACUGCUCAUGUGUGUCACGUGACUUUGGUUUCUUUGUAUGUACAUACGUAUGUAUGUAUGUAUUUUUGUAUGUUUGUAUACUAAUACUUGUUGGUUGAUGGAGGUAAGUUUCCCACAGGAGCCGGCCAGAGAGAAGGAAGCAACAGACGAACAGGACGGUGUGUCUCUCUCUCUCUCUCUCUUUCUCUCUGUCUGUCUGUCUGUCUGUGUCGGUCGCCGGCACUGGGCACUGGUCACUUCUGGACGCUGGAAGGAGACAAGCCAAUCUUUGCCCUAGCUUGGGUCAAACUUAAAGCUCCCCCCUGCUCCCCCCAGAAUUAUCAUCAGAAGUAGCACUCACCAUGUUUCUCCAAUGUAGUAUUUAUUCACUGCCAUAAAGGACAGCCCAAAACAUGGCAUAAGCUCCCAGUUAGCGAGGACCCCCAGGGCUGAAAUGUGGAAAGUUUUGUCUCUGUGUGGGCUGGUCUCUAGAAGUGACCUUUGCCGUGACCUGUCUGUGACCCCCGCUCACCUUGUGACCUUUGCUCCAGCAGUUUGUGGGACUGUCCAGAGUUAAUAGAGCCAGUGGUACAGUCUGUGACUGCCGCUUGGUCUGUAGCUAAGGGCACGAGAUGAGAGAUGUAGGGAAGUCUCAGUAGUAGAUCUGUGGGCCGGGGGGUGGGGGUGUGUGUGCCGGAAGAUGGCCUGUUCUGCCUGGUCAAGUGUCCGGUGUGGUCAGUCAGGGACAGGUGUAGCGACAGGUCACAGGUUGCCCAUCAUCUGAUCUCAUCCCCUACCAUUAUCUCUCCAUUAUCUCAUCGUGUCGGAAUUCAUAGUUCACGAGCCAUCCAUCAUCUCACUCAUCUUCUCUCCGUCUUCUCAUUGUGUCAGAGGUCACAGUUCACGGGUCACGUCAUCUUAUUGAUGUGGGGGAGGGGUCUUCUCUCUCAUCCUCUCCCCCUGUCACACACACAUUGUAUUGUCCAUGCCCCGCAGUGAUGACCAGCGGAGGUCCGGCCGGACUGACCACUACCCCACUGUGGGACUGACAGGUGGCACGAGUGAAUCUUGUCUGGACAGGUCACUUUGAAGCCUAGUGCUAUCUCCGCUGGUCACUACUGAAGGGCUGGGGUUUGAAUCUCCCCACAUUUAAGCCAGUCUCAAACUUCCAGUGUCAGAAAAGCGUAAGGGCUUAACGCCUGAAUGAACAAGGUCAAAUCAAAUGUCGCGUGGUAAGUGUUGACACAUUUUGUCGUUGAGGAACCUGGUGGUGAGAAGGAAUUUUCCAGAAAGAUCUAGAACUAUUUGUACAGGAACUAUUUGUUCAGACUGAUUGUGCCAGAUGCGAUGGUUGUGGGAAGUUUGAGGUUUUCUCUGAUGUGAUUUGAGAGUUGACCAUAUAAUGAUAUUGCCGUGUCGUUUAUUUCUUGUACUAACUUACGUUUUUUUUCUUCUUCCUCUCUUUCUCUUCUUUCGUCUACGUUUUCAUUUUCUGACUUUUCCUUUACUUUCUGCAACUGCUCUCUUCAUUAUUUGCUCUUCUCUUUCUGAAAUCUGUAUUUCUUCUCCUUCUCUUCUUCAUUCUUUCAUCAUCUUUUCUCGCCAUUUCCUUUCCUCCUCUUCCUUCUCCUCCUCAUCCUCCUCUCCUCUUCCUGGUUCCGCGGGGAUGAUGAGCGAGGUCCGCCACCAGGCAUAGGGCGCAGGGACCGCUCACGCAGCAGGGAGAGACGCAGGCGGUCACGCAGCAAGGAGCGGCCACGCAGGUCACGCAGCCGAGAGAGGAGGAGGAGUCGCAGCCGGGAGAGACGCAGGAGCCGGGAGAGAGGGGAGAGGCCUGAUGCUGAGG